AUGGCGACAGUACCAGGCGCGCAUACUCCCACGCGACUCCAUCCACGUCUAUCAUCCCACUCGACACCGGAGGGCGUCGUCGCUAAAGCGCGAUACUACGGGCUCGCCUCGGGCGGCGCGAACCAAUUACCCGCCGCCGCCGCGCGGGCAUUUACCCCCCCGCCCCUCCGCCGCCCCACCGUGCCCCCCUCCGUCGCCCACCCGUCGCGGCGGAAUUACUUAUCUCCAGCGCGCCGCUGUCAGCCCGGUACUCCGCCGCCCGCAAUGCGAAUGCGGCCCGGCUUUUUGUGCGCCGGCUCUUCCGCACCCGACCGAGCCGUCCGCUUAAAACGGACCAACGACCCACCCGCGCCCGACUUUAUCGGGGCUUCGAAAUUCGAA